AUGGGCACCUCCCUAUUUUCCUCUUUAGGGACUGCGCCGUCGCUAUUCUUUCUUGGCAUUCUCUGGUUAUGCGCGAUUGACUGUACACUGGGAGAGGAUACCUCUUUUUACAAAUCGAGACCCGACAUAUACCCGCCCGUCUUCAAUAUCGAGAGGACCAAUCCAGACAAGCUCAGCCCGGGCUACAUCUUUAUCACACCAUAUGAACUUCAAAACCCCGGCCCAUACAUCUACGAUAACACAGGGGAAUUAGUAUGGAGUGGUUGGGGGAUUUCAGGGCCGGGAAACGCCCAUGGACUCCACGUGUGCAAGUAUAAAGGCGCCGACCACCUAUGUUUCUUCCAGGGCAACCAGCAAAAGGGAUACUGCCGCGGACAUGGAAUCAUCAUGGAUAACAACUACCGGGUUGUGCGAUCAGUUCAGCCGGGCGGAGGAAUGGCCUCGAGCGACAUGCACGAAUUCCGUCCCAUCAAUGACGGCAAGACCGCUCUCAUGACCAUUUACCAACAACGGCAAUUCGACAUGACACCGUGGAACGUCAAAACUGGUGUAGGAUGGCUCAUGGAGAGUGUUUUCCAGGAGAUCGACGUGGAGACCAACGACGUGCUGUUUGAAUGGCGGUCUCUCGACCAUGUCGAUCCAUCCUCGAGCUAUACAUGGCCGGCUCAUACGGAUACUUCUGGGACGGGAUUGAAUGUGCAUGAACCGUGGGAUUACUUCCAUAUCAACUCUGUCGACAAAAAUGCGGCCGGCGACUAUUUAAUUUCGUCGCGGCAUACUUCGGCCAUCUACAAGGUUUCCGGUAAGGACGGCUCGGUGAUGUGGCGGCUUCACGGCGCGCAGCCCUCUUUCCGGAAUAUCAAUUUUAGCUUUUCGCAGCAACAUGACGCCCGGUGGUUGUAUGAGAAUGCUACGCAUACACUGCUCUCACUCUACAACAAUGGCUACAACGGCUUCAACAAGACACAUACCUAUUCAGCGGGCAUGAUCAUCAUGAUUGACCACGUGGAAAAAACGGCUACCCAGCUCCGCGACUACGCUCCAAUCCGAGACGAUCUAGUGAGCUCCAGCCAGGGAAACCUACAGAUGCUCCCCAACCAAAACGCGUUCAUCGGAUGGGGAAACAACCCAUUUGUAUCCGAGCACGACGAGGCGGGCAAUCUACUGUUCUGGGGCUCUUUCGCCAAAGACACCGUGAUGAACUACCGCGCAAUGAAGUUUGAAUGGGACGGUGCACCGACAGACUCUCCUGCCCUAUGGACAUACUCCCGAAGCGCGGAGACAUCAUCGACCACCAGCUUCUAUGUUAGUUGGAACGGCGCAACCCGCGUCCAGACCUGGCGAUUUUGGGGAGCGAUGAACGCCACUGGACCUUGGACCUUGCUGGACGAGGUUUCCAAAACCGGCUUCGAGACCAAAUACUCCACCCCCAAGUUCUACCUCUGGUCUAAGGUCGAGGCAGUGGAUCGCGAGGGCAUUUUGCUCGGAAAGUCCGAAACCAAGUAUACCUUCGUGCCCUCGUCCGAGCUGCGCGAAUUUUGCGCCGAAUCUACCUGCUUGGACGCACCGGGGUAUGGGUUCCCCGGCGAAGAGGCAGCUCGUCCUUUCAUUCCGCCAGUAGGUGUCAAUACCGUGCCAUGGAUUGACCCUAACAACCCGGGCUCCAAUAUUUAUACACAUCCAUCGGGCUAUGCAGGCCCGGCUGGAACUCCAAAGUACUCAGACCGGUGGAGGAAUGGCCGCCUACUUGCCUGGGGUGCCGUUCUCCUCGUGGCGAUCCCCCUCUUCGCCGGAAUCUUCCUCGCACAUCGAUAUUAUACCAGACAUUCGCUCACCCAGCUGCGGGAUCAGGAAUCGUCUACGCCUGUGGACGGUACGGCUGAGCGGAAACACCCGCCUGUGCAAGCCACCGACCUCCGCUGGUGGAAUUGGCGUCGAUGGGUCGGAGAGGACGAAACAACUUCCUAUUUCCCGCUCGUUGAGCGGAGUCUAUACGGCCAUAGGCGUGAACGAGAGCGGAUCGAAUAG